UCAGACAGAUAAUGUCCACAAUAUUACUCUUUUGUUGAAUCUCUAGGUGGAGUUGUUGCUGAGUAUGUUAAUAUUCUAGCCUCAAAGCAAACCUUGCUAGCCAAAUGGAAAUAAGGCUUAGCCCUAUGACAGAUGCCACAUGAAUAGGCUUAGAUUGCACAAGGACCAGGGAGGGCGUUCCCUAAAUGUUUUGAGGCAUGUGCAUCAUAGGCUUUUUUCUAUGCAAACAUCCACUUUCGGGUGGCAUAUAAAUCACUCCUCAUCUCCCCAGGCUCCUCACUCCGCUUUGCUGCAACGCACCGUGUUCAGUCUUGAUUCUGCCUUCCUUGUGGUGUCUCUAAAUCUUCAGAAGAUGUCCUCUGAUAGCUUCCAGUGCACGCAACCUUGCAAGGCACCUCCCCAGUGCAAGAAAACUGUCCCUCCCCCUCAGGAGUGCUGUCCACCUCCCCAGAAGUGCUGUCCACCUCCACAGGAGUGUUGUCCACCUCCUCAGAAAUGUUGUCCUCCUCCUCCACAGAAAUGCUGUCCUCCUCCUCAGGAGUGCUGUCCUCCUCCUCCUCAGAAAUGUUGUCCACCACCUCCUCAGAAAUGUUGUCCACCACCUCCUCAACAAUGUUGUCCACCUCCUCCUCAGCAAUGUUGUCCACCUCCUCCUCAGCAAUGUUGUCCACCUCCUCCUCAACAAUGUUGUCCACCUCCUCCUCAGCAAUGUUGUCCACCACCUCAGGAGUGUUGCCCACCCCCCCAGAAAUGCUGUCCACCUCCUGAGCAAUGCUGCAUACCCCAAUGCCCACCUCCUCAGCAGUGCUGUCCACCUCAGAAUCCCAAAGGCUUCUGAGAGACCACUGGAAACCAUUUCCUCGAGGGCCUACGACAAGGAGAAGAACACACAAUUGAUGCUGAAAUGUACCUUCGAUGACCCACCUUGGUGGACAUCCAUGCAGAUGUGGGCAUUAUUACAACCGCUUCUUGCUGCCUCUUCAUCUUCCCACCUUCUCUAAUGCUUGCGACAAUGAAGACAGAAUCCAGAAAUUGACGCAUCCAAGUGACGGUGGAUCUGCUUCCAGGCAGUCUUGUUCCGUUGACAUCAACAGAUGCUCUGCUUUUGCUUUGCAAGCCUUUACCUUGGAGUAAACAUUCACCUUUGGUUGUCCUUUGUGAUAGGUGAAUGUUAUCAAACGGCAUACCUGUAAAGUCUAUCCCUGCAAAGAGCUUCCUCUUAUAAUGCUCCAAGUUCUAACUAUAUGUAUAUGGUAUGAAUAUAUAAAAACAAUGCCUGCUCGAUGAUCA